GAGGUUGGAAGGAUUGGCGAGAGUGAAGAGUAGCUGCACCAUGAGCACCUCUGCUCUGAGCUCCACCAGAUUUGUGGGCAGCAUCUCUGGCUUCCUCCAAGCGGCCUCCGUGCUUGGCCUCCUUCUGCUUCUGUUCAAAGCUGUCCAGUUCUACCUGCACAGGCAAUGGCUACUCAAGGCUUUCCAGCAGUUCCCAUCCCCGCCUGCUCACUGGUUCUUUGGGCACAAGCAGUUCCACAGAGACAAUGAACUACCGAACAUUUUGGCAUGUAUGGAGAUCUUCCCAGGUGGCUUUCCUCGCUGGUUCUGGGGGAGCAAAGCUUACUUUACUAUCUAUGACCCCGACUAUAUGAAGGUGAUUCUGGGGCGAUCAGAUCCAAAGGAUAAUGGUGCCUACAGAUUGCUGGCUCCUUGGAUUGGGUAUGGUUUGCUCUUGCUGAAUGGACAACCAUGGUUUCAGCACCGGCGGAUGCUAACCCCAGCCUUCCACUAUGACAUUCUGAAACCCUACGUGAAAACCAUGGCCGACUCCAUCCAAUUGAUGCUAGACAAAUGGGAACAGCUGGCUGGUCAGGACUCAAUAGAGAUCUUUCAACACGUCUCUUUGAUGACCCUAGACACUGUCAUGAAGUGUGCCUUCAGCCACAAGGGCAGUGUCCAGGUGGACAGUAAUUACAAGGGCUACAUCAAGGCCAUUGGGGACCUGAAUAACCUAUUUUAUUGCCGUGUGAGGAAUGUCUUCCAUCAGAAUGACACCAUCUAUAGUCUGUCUUCCAACGGCCGCUUGGCCAACAGCGCUUCUCAACUGGCCCAUGAUCACACAGACAGAGUGAUCAAGCUGAGAAAGGAGCAGCUGAAGGAUGAGGGAGAGCUGGAGAAGGUCAAGAAGAAGAGACGUUUGGAUUUUCUGGACAUCCUCUUAUUUGCCAGAAUGGAGAAUGGGGCCAGCUUAUCUGAUGAGGACCUGCGUGCCGAGGUGGACACAUUCAUGUUUGAGGGCCAUGACACCACAGCCAGUGGAGUCUCCUGGAUCUUUUAUGCUCUGGCCACCCACCCUGAGCACCAACAGAGAUGCAGAGAGGAACUUCAGAACCUCCUGGGGGAUGGAUCUUCCAUCACCUGGGACCACUUGGACAAGAUGCCCUAUACCACCAUGUGCAUCAAGGAGGCCCUAAGACUCUAUCCACCUGUUCCAGGCAUUGUCAGAGAGCUCAACACACCUGUCACCUUUCCUGAUGGACGCUCUCUACCCAAAGGUAUCUCAGUCACACUCUCUAUUUACGCACUCCACCACAACCGGAAGGUGUGGCCAAACCCAGAGGUGUUUGACCCCUCCAGGUUUGCACCAGAUUCUCCACGGCACAGUCACUCAUUCCUGCCGUUCUCGGGAGGAGCAAGGAACUGCAUUGGGAAACAAUUUGCUAUGAAUGAGCUGAAGGUGGUUGUGGCCCUGACCCUGCUCCGCUUUGAGCUACUGCCAGAUCCCACCAGGGUCCCCAAGCUCUUACCACAACUUGUGUUGAAAGCCAAGGACGGGAUCUACCUGCAUCUCAAGAAGCUCUAGUAACUCUGUUCUGGAGCUCAGACACUGGCAAAAAAGUUAUUGGUGUGACCAACCUUCUUUCUGAAGAGUGCUCCAGAGAGUCCUCGGGAUACAUCAUCAUUCCUUGCCACUGGAACAUGCUUUGUAGCCAGCAUUCUCCCCAACACCUCUCUUCUAAUUUCCUUCCCUUUUACAAAUGCUCUUGUGACAGCAUCAAGUCCACUAAACUAUCCAAGAUAAUUUUCCCAUUUUGAUAUGCCUUAUUCAAUCUAACCUAUUAAGUUCCUUUUGAAUUAUGAGGGAACAUUCAUGGGCUCCAAAACUUGGGGCCUGAACAUCAUUGUGACACCAUUAUUCACCCUAGCACUGUCUUCACAUGUCUGUCACAUGGCAUGUUUGUCUAAAGUUCUCCUGAAUCGUCUCUCUCCUCCCGACUGUCCCUCACACAAGUUUCUCUGUCUCCCCUCCUUUCUGCAAUGAAGUUCCCAGUGUCACAUGAAGUGUUUGUCUUCCUUUGAUGGCUGUGAACUCAAGUUCCCACGUUGCUUAAAACCGCUCCUGCCUAGGAAAUCAUGAAAUUUGCAGGCAAAUGGUGAGAUCUAGAAAAGAUCAUUCUGAGUGAAAUAUCCCAGAAGGAGAAAGACAAACACGGUAUAUACUCACUUAUAUAAACCUAUAAGAUAUGAUAAACGUAAUGAAAUCUAUACACCUAAAAAAGAUAAUCAAGAGAGUGGACAUGGGGUAAGAUGAUCAAUCCUCAUUUAGAAAGACAGAUGGGAUGUGCAUUGAAUGUAUGACAGGAGUCUACUGAGUGCAUCUGAAAGACUCUAACUAGCAAUGUUUUCAAAGCAGAUACAAAGACUCAUGACCAAACCUUCGGCAGAGUACAGGGAAUCAUAUGAAAGAAGGGGAGUUAGUAUGAUGGGGAAAGGAUAGGAGCUCCACAAGGACCAAAUAUAUCUGGGCACAGGGUCUUUUCUGAGACUGACAUUCAACCAAGGACCAUGUAUGGAUAUAACCUAGAACCUCUGCUCAGAUGUAGCCUGAUUGAUUUUUAUCUCUCUACUGUUGAGACUAAGCCAAUUUUUAGAUAUAUUAAGCAUAUAUAUUUAUGAACCUAAGAAAAACAUCUUCAUUUAAUUAAUCAUUCUUCAUUAUGUAGUCCCACCUCCAAUUAUUUAUUGUGAAAAAAUAUCAGGGCCACAGCCUAUCUAUAAGAAUAAAAACCAGAACCUCUGCUCAGAUGUAGCCUGUGGUAGCUCAGUAACCAAUUGGUUUCCCAAAGUGAGGGGAACAAGAACUAUUUCUAACAGGAACUCAAUGAGUGGCUCUUUGGCCUCCCCACCCCGCAAGGGAGGAGCAGUCCUGUUAGGCCACAGAGGAGGGCUUUGCAGCCAGUCCUGAAGAUACCUGAUAAAACAGGAUCAGAUGAAUGGGAAGGAGGUUCCCCCCCUAUCAGUGGACUUGGAAAGGGGCACGGUGGAGAUGAGGGAGGGAGGGUGUGAUUGGGAGGGAAUGAGGGAGCGGGACACGGCUGGGAUACAGAGUUAAUAAAAUGUAACUGAUAAGAAAAAAAUUAAAUUAAAAAAAAGUUUAAAAAAAGUAAAACACAUUUUAACAGGAAAAAAUUGAAUAUAAAUACCUAGAAUCACUAAAUUGGUAGGUCAUGGUUACAACAGACCCACUCUGUUUAAUUUUCAUUUCCUACAAGCUAGCAAAUAAAAAGAUUAAAUAAAUAUGCUUUUUAAAGAUAGUAAUAGAUAAACUAUAUUAAAAAUUAACUUUAAAAGAUCCUGCUCACACAAACAUACCACAAUCAAUGUGACAUUUUUGUUGGAUCAAUGAUGCCAUAUGUAUUCUUGUAGUUUAUUGUAGCUUAGGAGAAUCCGGUGUUAUUUCCAAUUUGCAAAUAGGGAACUUAGCAUGUCUAAGGACUAGUCUUAGAUUUUCUAGCCUCUUGACUUUCGAAGCUUUCCAAACACAAUAGUUUAUACCACUGCAUAAUAUGUAGUUUAACUUCUAAAUGUAAAGAGUAAAUAGCUGAUUUGUAAAAUAAAAUUUAGUCUUUAUAUAACAAACAA